UUAUAGACGAUACGAUGAACGACGCGAACGAAAGAGAAGACGUACCGAGACGAGCGUUUGUUUGGGAUGAUAGUAACAGCAGCACAUCCGAAAGCGAAGAGGAAGAUGACGCAACGCAUUACCGCGUUUUCCGCUGCCAGCUAUGCGGACAGGCCAUUGGUGAAGGCUCGAGAAGCAAAAAAUCGAAUUCCAGAGCCCUCGCCUUGCCAUGCGGACAUCAGUUGCACAAAAAAUGCAUGAAAAAGCAUAAUGUCGAGGUGCCGGGUGAUUGUCCGGUGGUCCGGUGUAAAAAAUCCGGUAAAGUCGAUCCGGCCACAUGGGUAAAAUUACGAGGUGGCACGACGGAGAUUUCGAGACGGGCCAACGAAGAUAACGAAUCGCUGCGGGAAAGAUUGCGGGAUGCGGAACGACAGGUACAAACGCUGAUCGAGCAAAACGAGUCGCUCAUGAGAAAUACGCCGAGAACCGAAUUGGAGCUACGAGAACGCGAGCUGAAAAUCGCAAUCGACGAAGCGGUGCGUCUGCGUAAAGAAUUAGACGAGCUGCAGGCUACCGCUACUGCACUUGCUGAUCGGAAUCGGGUCCUCCUACUAGCGCAUGAAGGCAAGGAAGAACCGACGCCAGAGGAGCUGGUGGAAGACGCCUACGCGAUCGAGAAAGAAAAACGAGACUUUGACGUGCGGUUCGAUGCGGAAAACAGAGCUAUCCGCGACAGACGUUACCAGCAGUUCGAAGAAGCGUUGCGCGAGAACGACACGAGUUUCGAACGAGCAUUAAGCGCAAUAAGUCGAGCGCGUAGCUUUAAUCAUAUUGAAGACCACCGUGUCAUGAUGCUGCUGGACCUGGAUCGCCAAGCAGAGGAGCGCGAGAUUACCUUGACUGAGAUACUCGAUGGUUUGGACGUUGUGCCGGUGUUAGGAGGUGUUGAGCUGCCGGUGGCUAUGCAGAUGAUCGGUUUGAACAGCCGUUUAGAGGAGCUGUCAAUUUCUUACGAAGACAUCUUCGAGCUGUUGAACAACGAGACCGAACGAGCACGGAUCACCGUAAGGCGGUCGCAAAGACAAGCGGAAGCGAGGCCAUCUACGACCGAGGAGCCUGCAAUCGACGAGCAGCCCGAAGCAAUAAAAAUAGAGGCGGUAGAGCAGCCUAUAGAAAACGAGAAGCCACCGACGCCAAGUGUUGUUAUUCCGGUCCUGUCGCCCGAGGUUAUCUCGAAAGUUAACAGAGGAGCCUCGUUAAACUACGAAAGCGUCGAAGACUCGAGUACUCCGAAUUCGGGUAAGAAUAGCGAAGUAAGCCCUCGAGCUGACGAAAGAGUGUCGAGACGUGUUACACGAAAGAGAACGAGUGAGAGUACGUCGGCUGAGAGCUCUGCGUCCAAAAUAUCUCGUAGUAGUGACAUUCCCGAUGGGGUACUAAUUGCGUCUUUAAAACUGUGUUUAGAAAGAGCAAGUAGAGACGAUUUACGUGGCGAAAUCCAAAGGCUGUUAGACAUGCGAGGAGAUGCUGAAAAUGACGCAAAACCGAACUCCGAUGAGACAGAAAACCUGAUUCGGAAAACUCUGCUUGAAGCGAAAGUAAAGAAGCAAGAGUCGACACCGAAGACAGAGAAGCGACCAGUGGACGUCGUGACGGGUACGCCAGCGUCAGACGCCGACAGCAGCACAAGAAAAAGUGAGUCUCGUUCGAGCCGAAAGGAUACGACUACGGAAGGUUCGUCGUCAAAGAAAUCUGUCCGUUCGAGUGCGUCGAAGUCGGGCGUUUCCGGCGUCGAGUCGAUCAAACGAGGCAGAUCAAGGAGCAGCUCGUCGAGUAGCUCAGACUCCAGUUCUUCGAGCUCGUCACCACCGAAAAGACCUCGGCGCAAAGCCGCAGCAAAAAAAGAAGCUCCGGCAAAGAAGAAAUCAGUGUCAAAAAAGAAAAAGCCGACGCCGCCGAAGAAGAAACCGGCUGCGAAGAAGAAGGCCCCGGCACGAAAGAGAACGACGAAAGGGAAACCUUCGACGAAAGAGGAGCCCUCUGUAGAAAAAGAAAUAACCCCCGAACGAGCAGCUGAAGGAGUCCAAACGAGGAGUAAGACGCGCAGCGAAUCAAAGUCGGUAGAAGAGGGAGAAAUUACUCAGUCGAGCCAAGAGGUGCUCGAGCUGGCAGCGAGUUCGAACGAGGUGGAGGAGCUCGCGGCGAGCACGCCACCGCCACCGCCAAGCGACCCGGCCCCGUGUCAGCCGCCGCCACCGCCGAGCCCGGUGUUACGAGAACAGCUACCGGGUGUUGCCCAGGUAAACGCGCAGGAACGAGCACGACUAGUACUGAUUGAGCGAGAGGCGCAAUAUCGCCAUAAUAUUGAAGAGAUGCUGCGCGAGCUUGAUCAACAAGAGGUGAAUGCGCAGGCGGGCUACUUGGAGCCACUGCCGGUAGAAGAGUGCUUCAUACCGGUCGAGCAGCGACCACCACAUCCCGCCCCAGUGUGGAUUUUGGCUAGCUUCCAGGUGGAACCGGACGGGCAGCGAUAUUAUCGUAACGUAUGGUUCCCGGUCACUCGCGAUACGCUGCAAUUGGCCAUGCAGAGCAGAGGGAUCAUAUUAGAUGAUAACUUGACGGCGCGGGAUGAUUCAUUUUAUGAACGAGACGGAGCAGCGGGCCUGAUCGGACGAUACUGGCGGGAAGGAGUAGCUUUCUAUGGCAUAAACUCGUUUAUAGUAAUUGGAGAUAGUUUAGCGCACGCGCUAGUUAGCGAGAUAAUUUUUCAAAACCGAGAGGAGAAAGAGGCAUGGAAGAUCCACCCCAUGUCUGGCUCUCGAAUACCGAUUACGACGAUAAGGAAGAAUCUUCGGAGAUUCGUACUGCGGUCGCCUCAAAGGGUGAUUAUGUCCAUUGGUCAGUACGAGACAGAAAAAGAGGAGCUCGAAGAGAUCAAGAUACGCAUCAGAGAACUGUGGCAGACUAUGUUUAGACAUGGAACUCGCCACAUCUUGAUGGUACCGCCGGUAACGUGGCCGCAGUGUCCGGUGAGGAGGAACGAGUUGAGACAAUUUCUACGAGAAAGCCCUGGUGAUUAUUUCCCAGGCAGGUACGUUUACCUAGAAGGUCUCGAAGAGGUGGUAAAUCGAGUCCCUCCGACAGUAUUCCGUGGACCGACUCCGUAUCUAAAUGAGCACCAAGUAAGCGAGGCGCUCGUGCGAGUUUUCGAAUAUGCCAGCAUAGAGAGAAGGCACGCGUACGGCCACUUGGCAAGGGAGCGCGAUCCACCGCGACCUACGGAUGAGCAGCGUCGAGACCAAAUUGAUAGAAGUCACGAAUUACGACGACACGACCGAGAAGCGCGCGGACACGUGGACAGAAACGCGGUGAUGGAGAGAUUGGCGCAUGAAGUCCAUGAGAGAGAUCUCAUAGACAGAGUGCAGGCGCAAGAGUAUCGAAACCCGAAUCGGAGACUGCUGCCGGAGCCGAACAUGAACGUCCGAGAAUUUGAACCGGCACCGAGGCCACGAGUAGCUCGGGAAGAUCGAAGGUGGCAGCAAGCAGCGCAGGAUAGACCAGCGGCCCAAGAGCAGCGAGUAGCUCGCGAUGAACGAAUUCAGGCCAUCGCGCAACAGCCAAUUCGACAAAAUGUCCCCGAGCAGCAGCGUCAGAACCCUGAGCAGCAGCCAGAGAAUCGAAUGCCGCAGCCAGUAGCGGUACCGGCGAUUGGUGUUGGUCUGGGUAGAGGACGGCUAGCCGAAAGACGAGAAAGUAGACGACGAGAUGCUGAGAUGGCUCAGCGCCAAAAUAACCAGAAUCCGGAAAAUCACCGUCGGUAAAGAGUAGCGACCGGAAAUGGGUUAGAAUUCGUCUGUAAUAGUUCCUAGUUGAGUCAAAAAGAGGAGAA